AUGGGCUAUCACGAGCAGCAUUGCCAGAUCUGCGGCAUAUCCUUCAACAUCGGCCGCAUCAGAAGGCAGGGCGAACCCGAAAGCGCAGCUUGGCAGUACUAUCACGAUGACUUCAUCACACUGGGGGACGUCGAAGACGACCCCCUAGACGAAGGGUGCUCGAAUGUUCCUCGAGUUCCCGGAACGACCGACAUGGACUUGAUCGAGCACAUUGCAGGUCCUAACUGCACAUGCACGCUUGGCUACUCAGGGUGGCGCAUUACAGCCGAGGAGAUGCAAGAACGCCUGCAAUGCCAAUGCCUAGCACCCAAGCAAGAAGGCUGGCAGCCCGAGCCCGGCGAUGAGGAGUUCGAGAUUGAAGCCCAGCAUUGUUGGCUCACGGGAAUCAGCAAGCAAGGGACGAUCGAAUUCGAGGUCGAGGGUUUGGAGCCUGUUAGACACGGUCUUGGGAGUACUGAGAUCGACAAUAGCAGUCGGGAAGGUACAUCACUUGAUGGAGAUUACGCACUGCCAAUACAUCCGCAUUGCUUUGUCAUGUAUACGCGUAUGAGUAAAGAGAAGCUGGGCAAGGUCGACAUAGACGGGCUUUGGAGGUUGCGAGAGACUGCAGGUAACUACCAAACCCGCUUCAUGGACUUUCCGCGACGCUGCGACGUCGAUGAAGUAAGCGAGCAGUGGCAUAACUGUGUUCCCGGCACAGAGUAUCUUGCCUCGGAUCCGCUUCACGUCUCAGGCUUGGAGGACAUGCUCACAUCCUGCGAAGAUGAAAUAAGCACUGCAACGGAUGUCGUCUUCGAAGCGAGGGUCUCUGCCAGCGAUGGCAGUGAUCCCUUUGUGCAGCUAUCGCCAGAGUUGCGUCACAUGCUGUUCCCCUAUCUAGAUCGCUCCGACGUGGCGAACAUGCGCCUGGCCUCGCGGGGCUUCGGUCAGUUACCCCAAACAUACUUCCAUCAGCUCAUCUCAUUCGACAUGCCAUGGUUGUGGGAGGUCGAAUUUAUGAAGGACAAGAUAAUGGACUGGCACGCCCUUUGGCGGAAGCUGUCCGCUGCAGAUGGCGGCUCGGACGUUGACGAUAAGGAACGCAAACGGUGGCAUGACACCCUAGCUGAAAAAUACGCUGGUCUCCAAGAAGAGGUCAACCGGGAAAGCCUUGCUUACGCUUCCGUCGAGUGGUUCAAGCGCUGGGAUACGAUUCAUGAUGAGGCUCUUGCGGAGACGGAAGCUAUCGACGAAGUUGGGAUGUGGCCUGCUCGAAAGACAGGCGAGUUGCGAGGACUGAGGAACAGACGGCGCAUAUGGGGGGAUCUGGAGGAGAUCAUGAGGCGAAUCGCCAGACUUCCGCCAGAUGAGGAGGCGUGA